CUUCACGGCUUUGAGGUUUAUUGAAAAUAGGAUGCUGAGUUCAUUCCCUCCUCCGCGCCCCACCGACUCAAUCCACCACCGUCUAAUUCACUUCGUCAAAGCUGCUCUCAUCAACAUCUUCGUCUCCCCUUACGCUACCGUUUGUGAUUUGUACUGUGGCAAAGUGCCCGAUGAGGAAAAGUUGGAUGAAGCUCAGAUUGGUCACUACAUUGGCAUUGAUGUUGCUACAUCUGGGGUGAAUGAAGUGAGGGAGGCAUGGGAGAGUCGACGGAAGGCUUACACUUCUGAGUUUCUUGAGUUUGAUCCUUGCAUUGAAGAUGUGUGCUUGCAUUGGAAAGACAAGGAGAACAAGGCUGAUAUUGUUUUCUGCAUGGAACAUUUGCCGUUGUGUGUGGAGAAUGAGGAGAAAGUGAGGAGAUUGUUGCACAAUGUCUCGUCUUUGCUGAAGCCGGGAGGUUAUUUUCUUGGUAUUACUCCCGACUCAUCUACUAUAUGGGCUAAGUACCAGAAAAAUGUGGAAGCUUACCACAAUAAAGCUGUUGGACUGAAGCCCAACAUAUUUCCAAAUUGUAUUAGGUCUGAGAGCUACAUGAUUACCUUUGAAGUUGAGGAGGAGAAGUUCCCAUUUUUUGGAAAGAAGUACCAGCUGAAAUUUUCUGGUGACAUGUCUGCUGAAACUCAUUGCCUAGUCCACUUCCCAAGCCUGAUCAGGUUGGCAAGAGAUGCUGGUCUUGAGUAUGUUGAGAUACAAAAUCUUACUGAAUUUUAUGAGGACUACAGAGCACAAUUAGCAGGAAUGCUCAUGGACGCUGGCCAUAAUAUUGUUGAUCAAAGAGGACGGCUUCUUCAGAGAUCAUAUGAUGUCUUAGGUCUAUACACCACAUUCAUCUUUCGGAAGCCAGAUCCAGAUAUCACCCCUCCUCUCAUGACCCCAUUAUUGGAAGAUGGAAACUACAAUCACGAUGAGGUUCCUCUGGCGGCACAGAGCGAAUGGCAAGCAGCUGUCUGGAGAGACGAGGAAAAGAUUGUCCCUCCUGAGUCGAGUUCAGGACCGGGUAAGAUAAGCGAGCAGAAAGGCAUACUAGGUCCUGGUCCAGCAGAACUGCGAUUUCCAGAAGCUAUUUGAGGAAAGCAAGCAACAGUUGCAGUGGACAUUAAUUUUAUGAUAUUUGAUGGAUAGCAAAUAUGUACAUUAGUAUAUGUGUUGGGAUUUCUUUUCUACUUAUGUAAACUCGGACUACAACAAAGUUUUACUAGUACUUUUUUAGUUA